AUGGCAAAUCCUGCACGAGUUAGUGUCUCUUGCACCCUCCUGCAAUCUGCGCCUCACCAGGCCGUCCGCCUCCCGGCCGCUCCACCGUCCGUGUCAAAGUGUGAGUUGCAGGUGCAGCAUCAUGGAAGAGGAAAGCCUCCGCGCGUCAGCUUCGCCUGCUUAGCCUCCAGGCUUCAUUCCACUGAACCAGCAUAUGUUGCUGAGGCGAUGUUGGCAGGACAAACUAUAGGACCAUGCAGUGCUGUGGAACUGGAUGCUAGAAUACGAAAGCAUCUCAAAAAACCUGAAUUCUCGCCAUCUGCGUAUGACACGGCAUGGGUGGCUAUGGUGCCAUUGCCGGACUCGGAUCCGCAGGCUCCAUGCUUCCCUCGGUGUGUUGAAUGGAUACUGCAAAAUCAACACUCUAGUGGGUCUUGGGGUAUCAACGAAUUUGGGUUAUUAGCAAACAAGGAUAUUAUGUUAUCCACAUUGGCCUGUAUCAUUGCACUUAAGAAAUGGAACAUUGGCUCCUGCCACAUAAGGAGAGGACUAGAAUUUAUUGGAAGGAAUGUCUCCACUGUCAAGAAUGAGCAAAUUGUUUCUCCGGUAGGCUUCAAUCUUAUUUUCCCUGGUAUGCUUAACCAUGCUAUCACGAUGGGUUUGGAAUUUCCAGUCAGAGAAACUGAUAUCAGUGGGAUACUUCACCUCCGUGAGAUGGAGCUGACAAGACUGGCUGAGGAGAAAUCUUGUGGGAAAGAAGCAUAUUUGGCCUAUGUUGCUGAAGAAAGGUUAGUAAACUUGUUGGACUACAAUCAAGUUAUGAAGUUCCAGCGAAAGAAUGGGUCCUUGUUCAACUCUCCUGCCGCAACUGCUGCUGCAUUAGUGCACUACUAUGAUAAUAAAGCUCUCCAGUACCUCGACUCCAUUGUCAGAAUAUUUGGUGGUGCAGUACCAACAGUAUACCCACAGAAUAUAUAUUAUCAGCUCUCAAUGGUGGAUAUGCUCGAAAAGAUUGGAAUAUCUCGCCAUUUUUCCAGUGACAUAAACACCAUCCUGGACAAGGCAUACAUUUCCUGGUUACAGAGAGAGGAGGAAAUAAUUCAAGAUGUAGAAACAUGUGCAAUGGCGUUUCGCCUUUUACGGAUGAAUGGAUAUGAUGUUUCGUCAGAUGAGUUGUCCCAUGUUGCUGAGGCCUCCACUUUCCAUAACUCACUUGAAGGCUAUUUAAGUCAAACAAAUUCUUUAUUAGAGUUAUACAAGGCUUCGAAAGUAUGUUUGUCAGAAAAUGAAUUGAUCCUGGAGAACAUAAGUAACUGGUCAGGCCGCUUAUUGACAGAAAAGUUGUGUUGUAAUGGGACAAACAGAAUACCAAUUUUUGGAGAGGUAGAAUAUACUCUUAAAUUUCCAUUUUAUGCAACAGUGGAAGCUCUAGACCGUAAGAGGAACAUUGAACAUUUUGACUCUAGGGUUUCUGAGCCGCUAAAGACAAAAAACUUGCUGUGUCAUGUUAAUCAAGAUCUUCUAGAUUUUGCUGUUCAAGAUUUCAGUUUUUCUCAAUCUAUAUACCAGGAUGAACUCAGCCACCUCGAGAGGUGGGAGAAAGAAAACAGGCUGCACGAGCUAAGAUUUCUACGCAAAGGGAGUCUUAUAAAUUGUUAUCUCUCUGCUGCUGCAACCAUAUCUGCUCAUGAAUUCUCUGAUGCUCGUAUUGCAUGUGCGGAAACUAUUGCGCUCGUACUUGUUACUGAUGACUUCUUUGAUGUUGGAGCAUCCAAAGAAGAACAAGAAAACCUCAUAGCAUUAGUAGAGAAGUGGGAUCAGCAUCACCAAGUUGAGUUCUACUCUGAGCAAGUAGAAGUAGUAUUUUCUGCUCUUUAUACUACAGUUAAGCAGAUCGGAGAGAUGGCUUCUGCUGUACAAAACCUCGAUGUUACAAAGCACCUGGAUGAAACAUGGCUACAUUACUUGAGGUCUGCAGCGACCGAGGCGGAAUGGCGACGGAGUGAAUAUGUACCAACAGUUGAGCAAUACAUGACAGAAGCGGUAACCUCAUUCGGGAUGGGUCCCAUUAUCCUCACAUCACUCUAUUUGGUCCAACAAAAACUCGAGAAUCAUAUUAUCAAAGACCCGGAGUACAAUGAGUUGCUUAAAUUAAUGGGCACAUGUGGCCGUCUCCUGAAUGAUACUCAAGGCUUUGAGAGGGAGUCCAGUGAUGGAAAAGCGAACAUCAUCUCACUGCGUGUUCUUCACAGUGAGGGUUCCAUGUCCAUUGAAGCUGCUCAAGAGGCGAUACAAGAGUCAAUAGCCUCGUGCCGGAGAGACCUGCUAAGGCUGGUUGUUAGAGAAGAACGUGUUGUUCCUAGGCCAUGCAAGGAUGUGUUCUGGAGGUUUUGUAAGACAGCUCACUUGUUCUACUGUCACACCGACGGAUUUUCCUCGCCCAAAGAAAUGCUCUGCACGAUGAAUGCAAUAUUCAGAGAGCCACUUAAACUUCAAACAACCAGUCCUUUGGCUGUUCAAUCACAAAAAUAA